UUCGCCGCGUCUGUUCGAUGCCUCGGCUGCCGCGAGCCGGUUGUCACAGAGGAGGACAGCUGGGCACAACGCUGUCGCACGCCCUCACCUCCGAGGAGCUCCGUUAUCAAUGCGCAGUUUGAGCCGGCGACGCCGAAGACGACACCCCGGCGCAG